AGGAAACAAUGUGUAGAGGAAUCCUCUGAGGAGGUAAACGCCACAUGAGCAGGACCAGGACUGAGCUAAGCAAGUGCACCGAAAGUGUUUUUAAGAUUUUUAAAGAGGAUCUUUUAGAGACAUGGCUACAAUCGGACAAAUAAUUUUUUACAGCAUGGUGACCCUCAUUGUCCUAUUAGCAGCCCUCAUCGUCCUCAUCUUGUCCCUGGCCUUCUCGAAAUCCACAUCCAAGGUGAUGAGCAGUAACACAAAACCCGUCGCCAACCUUGGUGAGGACCAGAUUCUCAGCUGUUAUAUUCCUGCAGACAUUACACAAAACAGCCUGGGGGAGAUGUUUGUCAGCUGGGAGAAAACGGAUCUGGGACUGGUUUUUCGUUACCAGAAUGGAGCCCCGGCUCUUGACGAUCAAGCUGUAGUCUUCAAAGGCAGAGUUCAGGUCUUCCCUGAUGCUGUAGUCGCUGGUAACGCUUCUCUGCUGCUGCGGAGUGUAAGAAACAGUGACAAGGGAGAGUACACCUGCAGCAUUAGGUCCUCUGUUGGCCAAGGGAAGGUCCACAUUCAGCUCCGAACAGCAGUCUUUUCAGCCCCGACUCUAAAGUUCUCCAACAACAUCCUGACCUCUGAGGCGAGCAGGUGGUCCCCUAAACCAGAGGUCACAUGGCUGAACCAAACCGGGAAUUUCCAGAAUGCAAGCACAAGCUUCACAGAACUGCCCUCUGGAGCAUACAGUGUCCUGAGCACGCUACGGUCGGCACAGGUCAGCGAGACCUACAGCUGCAGGAUUGAAACCAGUUUAGUGGUGGCACUCACUGAAGCAACUAUAACCGGCACAGGUGUUUUGAGAAGGACGAUCUUCACCUUCAGUGUUGCUUCCACCCUGCCUGUGUCAUUUUAUCUAAAUCUUGUAAUCGGUUUCCUAUGCAUGUUUUAUGUGGUCUAAUUAUAUACAGCCAUAAAAUCAAUGCUUUAAAAACAUUGUUUUUCCAUUUUUAUUCUCAUACACCGUUAACACCUGUUGUGGAUAAUUGUUAAUUCAUUUCUGUGUGCUUUACCUGGGCACCUAUAUGAAUCAUUUUUAAACUUUAUUCGAAUUGAUGUCCACAAGAAAAAAAUUGUUUUUGUUUUGUUCUCUUGAAUAACUGCAACAAAAUAAAAAAAGAAUGUCACAAAGUUGGAUUAAAGAGAAUACGCAAGAUGUGAAAUUCUCUAUAUGUAUUGUAAUAAACUGAGCUGUUUCCUUCUACUGUUA